AUGGACCAUGACCUGCAGGCCGCGAUUGACGCCUCGUUGAGAGACGCAGUAAGAUCUCAGACGAGUUUACAGCGGCGUAAAUCUUCGGUUGUUGAUCUUACUGGGGAUUCAGAUGGGGACGCGUCGGCGGCGCGACGGGCUGGAAAAGCAGCAGAAGAGGAAGCAGGAGACGAUGGCUAUGAUGCAGAAUUGAAGAGGGCUAUUCAGUUGUCUCUGCAGUCGGGACGUGCUCCAGAGCAUGAAACGAUUGAUGUUGACACCCUGGAGGCCGGAAAAGCUACAGCUACCCCUGAACCAAAGAGGGCGGCUUCAACAUGGAUAGCGGGCUUUGAUAGGAAGAAGAUGGAAGAAGAACGGCUUGCCAGGCUGGCGAAGAAGAGAAAGACAGGAGAAGAUGGCUCUGCUUUAGCUUUACCAGCUGGAAGGCCGUUGAAGGCGUCGAGGCGUGAGCCGCCAUCUGGGACUUCUUCGUCUUCUGCCAAGAUAUCAUCCAUACCCCUAGCUACAGCUACGGUGGCGGCAGAGUCUGUUCCUAGAGUGCCAUCUACAGAGCCAACUAUACAGUUCCCAGAGGGUGCGGUGAAGAAGACCUGGGCUUUCCGGUGUGAGAGAAAGGACGACAUCAAACUUGAAGAAGUGCUGCAGCCGUCUGACCUGGAACUGGCGGUGCUUAGCUCGUUCCUGUGGGAUAUGGACUGGCUGUUGAUGAAGUUUACCAACCCGAGCACGCGGUUUCUAUUUAUCAUGGGAGCCAAGGGGGAGGAGAGGGUAAGCAAGCCAGCAGUCGAAUUGACAUUCUUGAAUACAUUGACUGAUACAACCAACUGUGCAGCGAGCACAGCUGCUGCGGGAGACUGCAUCGAUGUCGAGGAUACGGUUGUGUUUCCCGCCGAUGGACGGGGAGGUGAACUGCAUGCACUCCAAGCUGAUGCUGCUUUUCCAUGCCAAACACCUGCGCAUUGUGAUACCCAGCGCGAACCUGGACCCUUACGACUGGGGAGAGAAAGGCGGCGUGAUGGAGAAUGUAAGCAAGGCGAAGUCUAUCUCUCUCUCUACCUUUUAUUCCUACGGAGUAUAGGAUAUAGAGUUGUUCCCCCCCAGCGAACGGAACAUUUGUUAAUGUUAAUCUUCUUCUUAUUUUUUCGAUUUUAA